AAACCUCACAUACCAAUCUAUCACCUUCUAUAGAACCAAAAUUUUUAUAUCCAAAAUGGCCUCCUAUUUGUUUGUCAAAUUGCUUCUUCCAAUCUUCCAAUUUGCAUUGUUGCUUAACCUCGCCUUGGCAGCGAGGAGGCUCACUCAGUCAACCCAAGAUCAGCAAGCCCAACUCUUCCAAUACCACAAUGGUCCUCUUCUCACCGGUCAAAUGUCCAUCAAUGUCAUAUGGUACGGCAAUUUCAACCCUUCCCAGAGAGCCAUUAUCUCCGAUUUCAUCGCCUCACUGUCAUCUCCGUCGUCUCAGAGCCAACCCUCUGUCGCCGAGUGGUGGAAAGCCACCGAGAAAUACUAUAGCCUGAUCAACUCCAAGAACCCAUCUUCAGUCCAGCUCUCCAUGGGGAAUCAAGUCCUUGACGAAAAUUACUCUCUGGGCAAAUCACUCACCAAUCAACAAAUCGAACGGUUGGCUGCCACAGGUGAUCAGGUCAACGCCAUCAGUGUGGUCUUGACUUCAUCUGACGUGGUAGUGGAUGGGUUUUGUUCGAGUAGAUGUGGGUCUCACGGGUCUCUUUCUUCCAAAACUGCCGUUGUUGAGGGCAAGAAUCACAAGUUUGCCUACAUUUGGGUUGGUAACUCGGAGACUCAGUGUCCUGGUUUCUGUGCCUGGCCAUUUCACCAACCCAUCUACGGACCACAGAGCCCUCCCUUGGUUGCACCCAACGGCGAUAUAGGUUCCGCCGGAAUGGUGAUAACCUUGGCUAGCCUUUUGGCUGGGACGGUCACGAACCCAUUUGGAAAUGGCUAUUAUCAGGGACCAGCUGGUGCACCACUAGAGGCUGCCUCGGCUUGUCCUGGGGUUUAUGCUAAGGGAGCCUACCCAGGCUAUGCUGGGGACUUGUUGGUCGACCCUACCACUGGUGCCAGCUACAAUGCGAAUGGUGCUAAUGGGAGGAAGUAUUUGAUGCCUGCUUUGUUUGAUCCAUCGACCCAAUCAUCUAAAGUAGUAUCACAAGCUUAUGAGCUAGAGUAUGGUACUGAUUGUCUCGAGAUGCAUAUUGAUGCUAUUCAGCAUGGGGAACGGGCAGUGGUAAUUGAUGAUUUAGUUGCUACAGGAGGGACCCUCUCCGCAGCAAUGAAACUUUUAGCUAAAAACAAUUCGCAUACUGUUUUUCCAGAAUGUAGGGGGGGCGAAGUUGUUGAAUGUGCUUGUGUUAUUGGGUUGCCUGAUGUCAAGGUAAUGCUCAAACUAUUGUAA